UUCAAAAUCUUCAGUCGCUCGCGUAAAUUGUUUGCGAUCACUCGCAUUUUUCUCGACUGGUGGAGUACCUAUUUUCUUUCUCGUGUGUCAAAAUGCUGGACAUAUUUGUGCAAAAAUGUGAUAUUUUGUGCCCAUAGAGUGGCGGUGUGCGCGUGCAUAAAGUUGACUUUUCCGCGGAAAAUCUUUCCACAAAACAUGAAAUCGUAGGAAGCGCGUAUGACAAUUGAACGAGGAGCGAAGAAAAUUGUUUUCCCCUCCCACCCUCGUCACCUUUCCCUGUCAAACUACUGCAGUGUGGUGCGUCCCAAUUGAUUCCUUUCCGGAAAGUCUGUGGGGCCACGCCGUGUGUGUGUGUGGGGGCGCCAAAGUGCGGUGAAAAGAGAAUCAAAAGGGAAGUGAGAUUGUUUGUGGGUGUUUUGAGAAGGCAGGAAAAGAAGUUCCGGAAGUGGUUGGAGGAGAAAUGAGCAGCUGGGCAGCUCGGAUGCAUCGACAUGCUGCAAAUUUGGGCAGUGUUGUUACCAGCUGUGGCCAUCCGGAUCCCGGACCGUACCCUCAUCGAUUGGAAAAAGUGAAAUUCGGCAUUCCACUCGAUGAGGUGUGCAAGAAUGAUAUCCCCGGGCCACUCCUUGUGCUCAUCCUCAAGCUCAACAAGGAGGCCCCACAGCGAAAGGAUGUCUUCCGCGCACCCGGACACCAGGGGGCCAUUAAGAAGCUCAUCCACUUCCUCCAGGCGGGACGCCUGGUUAAUGUGGACAACUAUUCCGUGUACACAAUCGCCAGUGUCCUCAAGAAGUUCCUUCGCAAAAUUCCGGGUGGGGUCUUUGGGCGUCAGGGUGAGGCUGAACUCUUUGCCAUUGUGGACAUACCCAGUGAGGAUGAGCAGCAGGAGAGAAUUCACAGACUUUUAAUGUCACUGCCAGUCCAUACACAGCGACUCCUUGUACUGCUGUUUGGAACAUUCCGGGUGAUUGCCAGUAAUGCCGAAAGGGCGGAUACGGGGAUGACCAGUGAGGCUCUUGGUGUGUCAGUGGCACCCAGUUUUUUUCACUCGUGCGUGAGUGAUGGGAAGACGGCACGAAUGGAGGAUGUUCUUCGGUUUAAGGUCGCAACGAGAAUCAUGAAACAGAUGAUUGAACAAUUCACAACAUUCAACUUGUUUGGACGAGAAAAUUAUGAAUAUUAUGCAAGGGUGACGGGUAGGGUGUUACGUGUUCAGGAUGAAUGGAUUAUUAGUUUUCGAUAUCCACCCCUUCCAAGGGGAAAAUUUGCCCAGCAAAAUUAUGCACUACAAUUGUCACUCGAGACGGAAAAGACGUGGCUACAGUGCGAAUGCGAUCGCUGGGGAUUGAUUCAAGAGGAAUCUCACUCAACGCCGGCACUUUUGACAGCUGGAGGCCCAAAUGUUGGCAAUAGUGCAAUGUCAUUGGGAAUAAUUCCUGAACAUUCACUUCUUGAAUCAUGUGCACGAUUGUCCGUGAGCCUCGAGGGUCCGAGCAUUUUUACGGGCACAACAACAAAUCAAUCUAGCUGCUCAUCAUCACUAUCGGGGCAUUCAUCGAAAUCUGGUUCACACCAUCAUAUGACAUUGGAGGAAUUGCGGGCGGUUAAUCGUUAUGCUGAAAGUACAAAAAGUCUCUCAUAUUUGCCACAGGUCCAUGAACGACAGACGGCGCGCAUGAGGACACGCUCCGAAUGGUUUUUGGGGGCUCGUGGUGGUUCAUUGGAACUCAAUCCGGACAAUAUGCGACAAUCCACGAGUCCAGGAUGCAAUCAAUCAUCAACACUGCUACCAUCGGCAACAAUCGGUACCUACUUUGGCAACAUCGGCUUGAGUGCUUCAGCUGAAUCGGUGCAUCAACUGAAGCGUGCCAAUAGCCGUCGCACCGGCGGUUCACGCCAUCAUCCGCAUCGUUCGUCGUCGCGUAGGAACAAGGAGAACGGCUCACGACCCGGUAGUUUCCGCAACACCACCGCAAGUGGACUACAGGCCAGCAACAGUCAUCACAACAGCAAUGCAGACGGGGCAGCAUCAGGGGCAGGUGUGGGACGUCUCAAGAAGCCCAAAGGGGUGUCUUUUGAUGCUACAAUGCACUCAUCGCCGGGAAAAUGGUGCGAUUAUGCACCAGCCAUUGAUGAUGCCACCGAUGCGGACAUGCCAAUGGUCACAGAUGCCCCCGAUGAGUGCCACGUUGUAAUGAUGGACACGACACCGCCACCGGCUACGCAGGACACCAUUCACCAUCACUACAAACCACCAAGAGUAUGAUUCCCCGCGACGACUGACGAUUAGAAUUAUAUCAAAUUAAAUAAAAAAUAAGCAGAAAAAUCCAGGAAAAUUGAGAAACUUUUCACAAAAUCACAUUCCUUUCGAGCAUUUAAAUGUCUUUUUUUUAAUAAAACUAAUUGCUAGAGAGCAAGAAGAAAAAUCCAGAAUAAUAUUAAAUUUUAAUUAAAAUACAGAAUCACGAUAAAACCGAAAGAAAACACCGUCCACUGGCACACACAAUUCAAGCAAAAAUAUCACCGAAAAAUUAACUAAACCGAAAUUUUUUAAAUUAGAAUAUUUGUUAGAAUUAAUUUUAAUUUAAACACAACGAAAUCAACAUUGAAGAAAAAUUUAAAGAAAUUAUUUCCUUUACUGUUAACGAGUGGAAAAAUCAUCAUUUUAAGAGGUUUUUUAAGAUGUUUUUUAAUACAAAUUUUAAUUGUUUCUUAAGAGCUGACACUAAAGAAAUAUUUUAAUUUUUCACUGCACACACAAAAAAAAACUUUAAGUAAAAUAAAAUUAAAAAAAAAUUAAGAUAUUGAUGUGUAAAAAAUUUCUUUCUCAAUGAAAAAUUGCUAAAUCAGAAAGAAAAAAAAAUUUCCUGUAGUUAGAAAAUAUUAAAAAAAAAAAAAAAAUUAUCAUGACACUAAAUUUCUCACGCGCGAGAAAAAUAAAUUGAAUUCUUUUUCAUAAAAAAUACGCUAAUUGUUUUCUUUUUUAAAUCGUCGUUUUUUGUGGAUUUAGCUAAUAUAUUUAAAUGAAAAAAAAAAGUUGCAAAAGAAAUCGUUAAGCGCUCAUGCUAUUUAAAAUUGAAAAAAAGAAACUAAAAUUAAGUCUAAAAAUGAGAAAAGAAAAAAAUUAAAUGGGAACCAAUGAAAAAGAUUUUUUUACUAUAUUAUAUAAAAAAAAUAUUUAUGGAAAGAAAAAAAAAUCUUUAUAGGGAUGUAAGGGCUUUUAAAUCAUAGUUAAGGGACAAGGAAAAAAUAUAAAGAUCUGUUAAAAGCAACGUUUUGUUGCAAAAAAAAUUAAAUUUUUGCCAAAAAACGUGGUUAAAAAUAAAUUUUCUGUUUACCUAAAAUCUCGCAUUAUUUUUAAAGAAAAAAACAUUAAAAUCAACUUCUUUGUAACACAACAACAAAAUUAAACGAAACAAAAAGAAUAAAGAAAAUCCUCUUGUUAGAUUUAAAUUGAUGAUUUAUUGUGAGAAAGAAAAAGGAAAUUAUAUUUAAAUGGUUAAAAAAAAGAGAACUUAAACAGACUGAUUAAAGACUAUUUUUCUUCAAAAUAGUUCAAAAUGUUAUUAAUUAAACAACAAAAAAGAGAUGUUCAGUACACACAACAAGUAAAAAUAAUAAAUAAACGAAAGAGCCAGAAGGAGGUCUCUAAAUGGGAGUUAAGGAAUAGAGAAAAACAAAGAACAAACACCACACUAUAGGUAAUUAAAAAUU